AAUACCGUAAGAGUAACAUUCUAUUUUGUACAGAACACAUAUAUACUGGAACAUAUUGUAGGAUCUCUUUAUAAAUAAAGGUGCUGUUUUGUUACUUUUGGCAACUCUGUCGAAAUGGUCACAAGAUGGCUUUACGUUGCUGUUUCAUUGCUUGCUAUGCUAUGUGUUAUUCACGGACAAGAAGUUGAGAAGGAAUACCCCCCGUAUGAUGGUUGGUACAACAACAGGGCUCAUCCAGAAUGGGGUACAGUUGAUGGGCCGUUAACGAGGCGCUUACCGUCCCAUUACGCUGAUGGCACAUAUGCGCCGUCUGGCGGCGAGCGUCCGAACCCAAGAACGAUCAGCGAAAACACGAUGGCCGGUUUGACUGGACAAGGAUCUUCAACAAAACGAACUGCUUUGCUUGUGUUUUUCGGCCAACAAGUAGUGGAAGAAAUAUUGGACGCCCAGCGGCCUGGUUGCCCGCCAGAGUAUUUUAACAUCAAAAUACCGAAAGGCGAUCCACUUUACGAUAAAACUGGCCAAGGAAAUAUUGAACUCCCCUUUCUAAGGUCAAGAUAUGAUAUGUCCAUAACAGGGUAUUCCCCAAACAACCCAAGACAGCAAUUAAAUGAAAUCACCCCAUUCAUUGAUGGUGGUCUCACAUAUGGGAUAAACAAAGCUUGGGCAGAUGCUUUGAGGUUGUUGAAAUCAUCAUGCCCAGAAAGAACGACGGAUAAUAAUAUUCUGGCCAGCCAAUCAAAACCAACAGACUGCAGGGGGGAACUUGCUUCUUAUAAGAAUGAGGGGAAAUUCCCAAUUGAAAAUUCCCUGGGACUUCCCCUGGCCAAUCCCCCACCACCGAGAGACCAUGUGUUGAAGAGUGCCACUCGAUUUUUCAGGCUCGGAAACCCACGGGGAAAUGAAAACCCGUUCCUGCUGACAUUCGGGGUUCUUUGGUUCCGACAUCAUAACUGGUUAGCAAGAUAUAUAAGGGACAAACAUUCAACUUGGUCGGAUGAAAAAGUUUACAACGAAGCUAGGAUACUUAACAUAGCUAUACACCAGAAAAUCAUAUUUUAUGAUUGGUUGCCACUUUUUCUUGGUGAAUGUACGGAAAUACUAAAAAGAAACGGAACUUGUGAAGGCUUGCCCACUUAUACAGGUUACAAAUCAGCCAUCCACCCUGGUAUAACCCAUGUAUUCCAAUCUGCUGCCAUGCGUAUCGGGCACACCUUGGUUCCUCCUGGUGUUUACAGACGAACUAAUUACAACACCACAACCAAGCAAUGUACUUUCCUCAACACAACUUUGAAAACCGCUGGUGACCGUCAUGCUUUUCAAGCGCUCCAUGUAAAUAAACCUGGAUUGCGAACAUGCAACACUUACUGGAAUUCACUCGAAGCAGUUGUGGAGUCUGACAUUGACCAGUUACUUAUGGGCAUGUCGAGCCAAGUGGCUGAGAAAGAAGACAACAUCAUUACUCCGGAUCUUAGAGGAUCUGUGUUCGGACCACUGGAUUUUUCAAGAAGGGAUCUCAUGGCACUUAAUAUCCAGAGAGGCCGAGAUCAUGGCCUUCCAGAUUACAACACAGCAAGGGCAAGUUUUGGGCUCAAGAAACGAACAACAUUUGAAGAAAUAAAUCCAGAUCUUUUCGCAGCUACUCCUGGUCUCCUUGGUAACUUGACUGCCACCCAUGAUGACGACAUCAGCAAACUAGAUGUUUGGACGGGUGGUCUGCUGGAAACUUUAUCCACUGGACCUGGAGAAUUGUUCAGACAUAUAAUACGGGAUCAGUUUAUUCGGAUUAGGGACGGGGACCGGUUUUGGUACGAGAACUCACAGAAUGGGUUGUUAACAGCUGAAGAUCUUGCUUUUGUUCAAGCCACCACCAUACGCGAUGUUAUACUAAGAACUAAUCCCACCAUGAACGCAACAUACGAUAUACAGAACAACCCAUUUCAAGCUGCUGAAAAUGAUUCUUCAUUGUACUGCCCCCAACCCCGACAACUAAGUGAGCUUCAUAUGGAGGAAUGCACCGAACCCGAAUCCUUCGAUUAUUUUACUGGAAGUGAAAUCUCAUACAGUCUCACUUUUGCUUCAUUUGGAUUGUUCAUUAUAGCCACAAUCUUGUUCAUGUAUUGUCUCGGUUAUCGCUCUGAGAAGCGAAAACUCCAAAUGAAGAAAGCCAUCAAUAAGCACAGGAGCACGCAGCAGAGGGAAGGCGACAUUUCUGAUAUCGCAACCGAGGUUCUUGGGACCACACAAAGUCGCGAAGUUCAGAUAAAGUUGGGUCCUGGGAAACUUAUUCAUGUGAAAUCUUCAUCCGGUCGGCAAAACUACAGAUCAAUUGAUUUGUCGAAAGCAGAUGAUGUGAGAUUCGUGAAAGCGUAUAAUCACGGGAGAAACACCAUGUUUUUGAGGGUGGAUAAAGACACUCAUGAUUUGAUUUUGAUGUUCAACGACACUGAAGAACGCGACAGUUUCAUUGCUCGUUGCAAACACUUCGUUCAUUCGCAUCAAAUCAGUUUAUCAGAGCAAGAAGUUUCCCAUAAUGAACUCAUGGAUCGAGCGCAAACAAGUGAAAUGAGGGACCAACUCCUGCAGAGGUUCUUCAAAGCAGCUUUAAUAGCUGUUAGUUCGAUCAAAGUAGAAGACGGCGACAUGAGUGAUGUAAUAAACAGUCGAGAAGCCCGCAAGUUCAUUCACGUCGAAUUAAGCAAGAAAGAAUUUGCCGAUUAUCUCAAAUUGAAACCAAACAGUUUAUUUGUUGACCAGAUGUUUAGUUCUGCAGAUUCAGAUGGCAGCGGAGCAAUUUCUUUCCGAGAGUUUUUGGACAUUAUGGUUUUAUUUACGAAAGGUUCACCGGAAGAAAAAGCCAAGUUGAUGUUCAACAUGUAUGAUCUGGAUAAAAGCGGAGAAUUGUCAAAAAAAGAGUUCAAAGUCAUGCUUAAAUCCAUGAUGGACAUGGUGAAUGCUUCAGUGGAUUCAGAACAGGUUGAGGAACUGGUCAACACUAUGCUUGCCACACAUGGAUAUGAACACAAGGAAUCUUUAACCCUGGAAGAUUUCCAAACCGUUAUGCAAAAAUAUUCAACGGAACUGAGCGAUGCUUCUCUAACAGUGCCAGAUUUUAUAGAAGCAGGUUUUGCGAAUGGGUUGGCAGCAGAAAGGCAGCAAGGAAGUGCCCCAGUGCGCGAAUCACGAGCAAUAAGAGCAAGAAAAACUGUCCACGCAUACACUGAUAAGGAUAAAAAAAAUCCAGAGAAAAAGAAUCGCACCCCCGAAACAUCUCGCAUUCAAAUCAAAGUUUAUGAGAAAGUUUUCAAACCUGGGCGUUUGAACAACUGGUUGAGGGCAAUGGAAAAUUACGUGGAAAACCACAGACUCCAAAUAUUCUGGCUGACACUUUACCUGCUUGUGCUGGCUGGAAUAUUUAUAGAGCGAGCUUACUUUUAUUCCGUUGAACGUGAAUUUGCUGGGCUUCGUCGCAUAGCAGGGUACGGGGUGUCAAUAACGCGUGGUGCAGCCUCGGCGAUGAUGUUCACAUAUACGUCCCUCCUGGUCACCAUGUGCAGAAACACCAUCACAGCACUGCGUGAAACUUUCCUUCACCUUUAUAUACCAUUUGACUCAGCCAUUACUAUGCAUAGAAUCAUUGCUUGGCUUGCCCUGUUUUUCACAGGAAUGCACAUCAUCGGGCAUUCGCUCAACAUCUAUGCAAUCUCAACGCAAACUCCUGGGGAUCUAACUUGUUUGUUCCGAGACUUCUGGAGAACCAGUGAUGUCCUGCCGAAAUUCCACUACUGGUGUUGGCAAACAAUCACUGGCAUCACUGGAGUUUUGCUCACUCUCAUUGUGAUUGUCAUGUACACCUUUGCGUCUGACUAUUCACGUAGAAGGGUUUUCCAAUGGUUUUGGUGGACGCAUAACUUUGGUUAUAUUUUCCUCUUCUUCUUCAUGAUUCUACAUGGCAGUGGCUUCCUCGUUCAAGAUCCCUUCUUCUAUUACUUCUUCCUUGGCCCAGCCAUACUAUACACACUUGACAAGCUGUACAGUGUCAGUCGUAGCAAAUGUGAAAUAUCUGUAGUUAACGCGGAACUCCUACCAUCCGAAGUAACUCACCUUGAGUUUAAACGACCUGUUAAUUUUAACUACAAAGCUGGACAGUGGGUUCGCAUAGCAUGCUUGGCUCAAUCACAGAAUGAAUAUCAUCCGUUCACCCUCACAUCUGCACCCCAUGAAGACACAUUGAAACUUCAUAUUCGAGCUGUAGGACCUUGGACUAUUAACUUGAGGAGUAUUUACAACCCAGAUGUGCUAAGAGACUCCCCUUAUCCAAAGUUAUAUUUGGAUGGACCAUUUGGAGAAGGCCACCAGGAUUGGUAUAAAUACGAUGUGUCGGUCCUUGUUGGUGGUGGGAUUGGUGUUACACCGUUUGCUUCCAUAUUAAAGGAUUUGGUCAGUGUUGCUCAGUCUGGGGUUAAGAUUCAAUGCAAAAAGGUUUAUUUUAUGUGGAUAACAAGGGACCAAAAACAGUAUGAAUGGUUGACCGAUAUCAUACAAGAAGUUGAAAGCAAGGAUGCAAGUGAUUUACUCGACACCCAUAUAUUCAUCACACAGUUCCCUCAAAAGUUUGAUCUCAGGACAACAAUGUUGUAUAUAUGUGAGCGACACUUCCAAAAAGUAGCUGGCAAGUCAUUGUUUACAGGACUGAGAGCCGUCACUCAUUUUGGAAGACCUGAAUUCAAAUCUUUUUUUGUUUCUCUCACAGAGGAACAUGCUGAGGUUGAAAAGUUUGGCGUCUUCAGUUGCGGGCCACCUCCUAUGACAAGUUGUGUGGAACAGACUUGUGCUAAACUUAAUAAAUACGAGGGUGCUUCAUUUCUUCACCACUUUGAAAACUUUUAACUUUUUACAACUCUUUUUUAUAUAAUCUUCAAACAGUAUUAACCAAGAUAAAGAUACGUUAUUGUUUUUUUUCAAUUUAACACUUUUUUGUGUAUAGCACUGUACAGUACUACUACGUGCUAACAAAGUAUCUUUAUCCAUAGUUAAUAUAACAUUACCUGUAUAAAAUUGACUGUAGACAUUUUAUUGCACUGUUUGCACUUACAAAGUAGGCAAACUUGGUAUACUAACCUUGGUUACAUUUAUUUACUUCCACUGCAUGUAUGUUAUGUUGGUUUGACCAAAAAUAGGCAUUGGCAAACUCUUUUUAAAUUUAGUUUUAACACAAAUUGGUAGCAGACAUCUUGUUUUAUUUUAAUUAAAAUAAUCCAAAACUGUAAAAGUAUUUAGUUUGCCAGAAUUAUAGGGUAUAUUUAGCCCACAGUUUUGAGUUUGCCUACCCCUAAUCUAAAGUAUUCUAUGCAGAUGCAGUGCCAACGUAAUGACGUGUAGUUUAUUAAAUGGUCACCAACAAUUGAAUUACUUGUGUAGUUAAUUUUGUAAAUAUUAGCUCAUAUUAAUUGCUUUACUUCAAUAAUAAUAAAGUAUACUCGCAAAAUGACUGU